AUGGGAGCAGGACCGGGAGUGAGGACCGGGAACGGGACCGGGAGACCGGGAACGGGACCGGGAGUGAGGAUCAGGACCAGGAAUGGGAGCAGGACCGGGAACGGGACCGGGAGUGAGGACUGGGAACGGGACCGAGGACCGGGAACGGGACCGGGACCGGGAGUGAGGAGCAGGACCGUGAGUGGGACUGGGAGUGAGGACCGGGAGCGAGGAGCAGGACCGGGAGCGGGACCUGCCGCGGGCAGAGCGGGGUCUCCGGCAGUUAAGAGUCGCAAACCCAAAGGUGGCAAAGGAAAAAUCUCCAAAAAGAAAGCAAAGAAGGUGGUGAAGGAAGUGGAUAUCCUCAGCCCAGCUGCCAUGCUCAAUGCUUACUACAUCUGUCACAAUGCCCCUGCCUUCCUAGAGUUCCGGGGCUUUCCCUGGCCGGGCUCCACCAAAAAGAAAGGGAAGAAAAGAAAGUAACUGGGUGGCUGGAAAGCAAAGGACUCGGUGGAAACCAAGCUCCCCAGUGAAGAACACACUUUUUUGUGGAUUAAACUCAUACUGACCUCUCCAGUGGUUAGCUCAAAUAUUUUGCCAUAACCGCUGUUGUGUUCGUACAAAGACGCUCUUAUUAUAGCUCGAGCACAGAGUGACAAAUGAUCUUCACACCAUGCAGCCUUUCUCCCUGCUGAUGAGAGAACUGAGGUCUCUGGAGCCAGUAGCUGGAACCCUCCCUGUUCCUCAGGCAAACAUUUUGAGGCUUGAGGCUGCCUCGGAGCACUGCUGGUCCAGGUGAGUACCCAAAACAGAAGUUCAAAAAUAGGAAGCAGACUCCUAAAAUAACUUAUUACGCUUAUUACUGUCCAAGAAAACAAAUCUUGAAAUUACCUGGUGACUGCCUCAUUGCUUUCUAUACCAGGGUUUUUCACUGGUGCAAUUAUGAGUGUGAGCGGGCUCUGAGUGGUGAUGCCAAAGAAUUCUAAAAAAGGGUAAGCUCUGCAGUUAGUUACAGCAUCAUAACCCAGAAGGGCCAUACUGGAAACUCUGAGCUUGAGAUGGCUCUCAUGUCAGUGAACCUGAAAUCGAGGGAAAAGCUCUGGAUGUGUCUUUUUCAUGGAGGUACUGGAAAUCUGGGCAAGAUACUGAAUAUGUUAAAUAAUAAGCCUGGAGAACUGGAAUUCUAUGGGAAAGUGGUUCCUUCUCUCUCUAAUACCCAGUAAGGUUAAUCACAUAUUAUCUUCAGCCUCUUCACUCUGUUCCAUGUUGCUCUAUAACACUGGACAACUUUAGAUGCUUGUCAUAUUCUGUGUAGAAAACUGGCAAGAUCAGUGUACGCAAAACUUGACCAAACUGUGUUUGAACAGGAGUGAAAAUAAGCUGAAAAUAUCUGAGAAGGAAAUACUCCACAAAACCAAAGAACUAGGUGUAAGGAUCUAAAUUUAAGAGAACGGAUAUUCCAGUGAAAGACCGGGAAUCUGUACUUGCAGAGCCCUGACAGGCUCUGGGGAAUGCUGCAGGAAUCCACAAUCCUACCAGCAGCAGCUCUCCAGAAUGAUCACACCUGUGUGGAUUUUGGCAACUACACAAACUAGAACAGAGCUUUUCAUCACAGGAAUCCUCCCAAAACUCAGACUCAGCUUUGGUCUAAUCUGGCUCCGGAGAAGCUGUGGCAGCCAAAGCCCAAUCAAGGCUACUUAUAACACUCACUGCACUAUCAACAUUCUCCCUAGAGUAAUGAAAACCAGCCAGGCUCUUUAUGAGCUGCACAAAUCUGGUUUAUUGCACCUUACUGAACAAUCACUGUUGCAAAGACUCACAUUAGAGGAGAGCAAUGGAUCUAAUUUUUUUUAAUCCGAAAAAGAGGGAGAGAAGAAAAAGGCCAAGCAGCUGUGUCUAUAUUCUUCCCCCUUCAGUCUGCACCAGCGAUGUUUAAAAAUGCUCAGUUCUGUUAAACCAUCAGGGUGUUUUGUUUACAGCACAGUGGGUGAAUCAGUUAGUUUUCUCUUCUGUGGGCUUAAGAUAAGAAUAAAAACUCCCUAUGACAGAAAAAAGACUGAUCUGCUUUUUCUCCCCUGAUGAUACAAGAUGCCAAAGAGGCUGGGAUACCACCUCUUCCAUCGCUCGCGAGCACAGGCAGCCAAGAAGUGCCAACAGGCAGCAGAUGUUUUAACUCUGAGGCAGCUAGGACAUUUUGUGGCAAGCAGACCCUGAAGAGAACUGCUGCCAGGAACGUGUCUUCUGCUGCAUGACCACGUGCAGCUCCUUCAUCUCCAGCAUGCCAGAGAUCAGCCUUCACAUAUAAACCCAGGUAGGUAACAGAUUCUUGUUUAUUGUAAUGUCUGUUGUCAUAAAAUAAGCAAGAGUUAAUGUAUUCAGGAAGUCCUAAAGCUACACUUGUGUCUCCAAAACAUUUUUUGGAGACAUCUCCCUGCUGCCCGCAUUGGCAUAGCUGAGAGGAGCAAGGGGUUGGAUUGACCUGGCCUAUGAGACGUGCUAAAUACCCCAGCAAAUGCAUGUGCCUCAUCCCCUUAUGAAAAUGUAGUCUCUGUUUGUGGUCCCUAAAAGUCAAUAGGACUUUUUCACACUUGCAAACCUGGCUGUAAUGCAGCCACACUCCCACGGAAGAAGUCUUCACUGGAGCUAGGGCUUUUCACCUAGGGCUCUUAUUUGUGCAUGAACGCUAUCGUGGCACCUGAAAACACACAAAAUCUGUGACCCAAGGCUGGUGGCACUUUCAGGCCAGACCUGUCUGAGGCUGCUGCCCACAGCUCAAAAGCCACUUACAUUCCUGGUAAUGACCCACCCAUGCUACAGAGCAGGGCCAGUUAAUUGACCCAGGCACUCCCAUUCCCUUUAUGCUUUCCUGUGCAUCUUUUCCUAGGCAGUCCUUCCUUGUUACUCAUCUGUUUUCUUGUUUUGUCCCAGAAGUCACCAACCAAAGACACGGUGAUCUGCUAAUCCAGCCCGUACAUAGUCGCUGGACCUCUCUCCCACAGCCUCGCAGCACCAGAGCUGACACAUCCAGCUGGUAACUUGAUAACAUUGUCCUCACUUUAUCCCUUCCACAUUUUCUCUUCCCAGACAGAUCAUGUGGACGGGUCUCUCUGGGCCUGCCCCAUCACCAAAGCUCCCUUUCUCCACUGUGCAUUGUUCCUCCCCCUUCUUUCCCUGAAUGCUGGAUAUGAGAUGUCCUAACCAGCCCGUGCCAUUUCCAUGGGUGUGCAAGCCCUUCGGCUGGCCAAAGGUACAUUUGUAUUCGCAAUUAGUCUUCCCCCAACCCUUUUCACCUAGGAUUAUAGGUCUAUGACACACCACAGACUGGAUCUCCAUGAGAACCUGGGGAGACACCUGCUAGUGCUCAGUUUUUCAAAGAGAAAGAGUUGGUUGGUUCAUACUGGGAAAUGUUGCCUCUCUGAGGGACCUUUCUGGUACAUACCAAAUGAAUGUCCGUGCUGUUCCCUGCUGAGAGGCUUUGGUCUUGUGCGCCCUCUUCUCUUCACAUAACUAAGAGCACUUUGAGGGGGGGGUGGAAAAAAACCGAGCACAUGUGCCAGCCACAGCCCCAGCACACUCAACAAUCACUGACUCAUAAAUAUGCACUUUCACAAGCCCAUAGUUUGAUCUGCCCGUUCCAAACCAAUUAGCAACAUGUGGCCUUGAAAAUAUGCACCUCGAUGGGACCCCGAGACGUCAUGUCAUCCAUGUCAUGUCAUCCAUCGCUCUCCCUGAGGCAGGAGCAACUCUACCUUCAGCAUUCCUGAGUGGUAUUUUGUUUAACCUGUUCUUAAAACCUCCAGUGGAGGCGACUCUAGUCUCCCAAAGCUCUUCCACUAUUAUCAUAUCCUACCAUUAUGACAUUGGCCUGGUGGCUUAUUUAAAUCUCUGCUCCUGUGAUGUACCAGGAAGCGGCCUUCCUCCUGGGGAGAUUCUGGGUCACCAUGGGCUAUAGCAGGCCGGCCGGGUGGCACGGUCCCAGGUCUCGGUGCUUGUGGCGCUGCUCCAGAAGCGCUGCUUAGCACAAGGGAAUUCCACUGCUGUUAGUCUGCAUCAGCUGCCUCCACACGUCUGCCUGCGUUGGCAAAGCACUCUCCUGUCUUCAAGGAGCCCAAGCCCCAGCCAAAACACCUUCAUGGCUCUGCAGCAAAAGUUACAUUCGUCUCAGAAACUGGCAUAAGUCAUCGUUUGGCCUGGAUCCACAUUUCAUACCUCUGGGUGGCCAAUGACAGAAAUCCAAAGCAGCCAAACCUCAGGGUGAUUGAGUCUACAGGCUAAGAUGACAUUCACGCGAAAAGCAGAGGUGAUAUUUUCCCCACAAUGUGCCGUGAGGGUGUGCAUGUGGUAGCAAAGAUCCC